AUGAAAAGUUAUUGCAGAACAGCCUGUUGCUUUUUAUUCCUAUUCUUUUUAUCUCCAGCAAAUUCUACUUUCACAUCAUUGUCACAAACUUCUUCUCGCCAAGUUUUAGGCCAACAAUGCAUUGGCAGUGAUAAAACAGCCUUGCUCCAACUCAAAAGGGAUUUAUCUGCAGCCAAACCUGAAUCCACUAGUCCUCUCCAGCCUUACUCAGGUUCUUUUCUUGCUUCUUGGAAGCCUAACACUGAUUGCUGCUCCUGGGAAGGUGUUACUUGCCAUGAAGUCACGACACACGUGAUUGGCCUUAACCUUAGUGGUCACAAUCUUUCUGUUCUUGUUAAUUCAACCAAGUUUCUUAACCUUCCGUACCUUGAAAGGCUGAAUCUUGUCAACUGUAGUAUUAGAGAAAUCCCGAGUUUUGUUCAGAAGCUAGGAGGGUUGGUUGAGCUUGACCUUUCUAAGAACAAAAUCCGUGGCCAAGUGCCUAAAUGGAUUUGGCAUUUAGAAAACUUGGUUUACUUGAAUUUGUCGAACAAUUUCUUGAAUGGAAUGGAAGCACCACCUUCUGCUUCAUUUUUAAGCUCUUUGGCCUUCUUUGAUGUUAGCUCCAAUUUGUUAGAAGGAUCAAUCCCAACACUACCACCCUCUAUCAGCUUCCUCUCACUUGCCAAGAACAAGCUCACUGGAGAAAUUCCUAAAUGUGAUGAUGGUGAAGAUCUACAGCCAUCAGGAGCACAACAAGAAAGCAUUCUUUCGGAGUCAGACAGUCCAUUCAGUUGGAAAUUUGCAUUGGUUGGAUACGGAUGUGGGGUGCCUGUGGGAGUUGCCCUUGGUUACAUCUUGUUUUGGAAGACCAAGCGAUGCAGCAAGUGGAUUGAACAAUCAUUUAAGGCAAAGAAACGGCAGAGAAAUGAACAGAAUCGAAGAAGAAGAUGA